GUUUUCAGCCAGGCAAGUUGGUCCGCCCAUCUCAUCGAGAUGGGCUAGGGCAAGGGCGAGAUCGGAAUUGAUCGGACGGCGGAGGAGCGCUCGAUCAGCUUCCAAUGGAUAGGUAGAAAAGAGGUGUUUUAGCUGCAGAAGACAGGAAACUGACGCCCGACGUCAGCGACUACGCAAGGAAUCGCUGGCGUUGCGCAUGUGGCCCGUCAGAUUGGACCGUUGCUGACCCGUCCAACGGCUCACAUUCUCUCUCGCCGGCAGUGGGUAAAGAUAUAUAUAGCGAUGUGUUUUUCUCUCAGAUAGAGAAAAGCUCGUCACUUGAGGGAGAGCCAGCUUCAUUUCUUGAUCUCUUCUCCAUCAUUUCUUCGUUCAUGCCUCUCAGGUACAAGCGAUCCCUCUCUAUCUUCUUCGUUUUCUUCCGAUUCUUCAAUGAUAGAACCUCGGAUUUGAGCUUAUUCAUUUGAUUUGACCUUGGUUUUUUUUUUUUUCUCUUUUUUGUCUUUUUGAUUAAUCAUUCUAGUUUUGGCUUUAGUUUCUGGAAAUUCUGUAGAAUGCUUCUGGAUCUCUGUGGAUUUUUAUUUUUAGGGUUUUAGACAUGGACGUGUUUCCGGUUCUUGGUGUUUGACAUGGAUGUCAGUUCAUAUUGGGUAGUUGAAAAGUCAGCUCUAUUGUUUUUUUUUUUUUUUUAUUUGUUGAAAUUUAGGGUUUAGGAUUCUUGGGUAGAGUUUUGGGCAUAGGAGGUUAUGGAUUCACGCUCAAGAGGUUUCUCCAAUUCCAUAAACAUGUUACAAUUGAAUGAUGAGCCCGUUUAUACCAAUCCUGACCAGCACCCAAGUGUCAAAAGCGGAUUCAAAUUCAAAAAUAACUCUUUGGAUCUCAAGUUCAUUGAUUUUCUCUCCGUUCCGCCCAAGCCAGACCCUCCUUCAACUGUGAGAUCGGAGCUGGAUUCUCAAAAUGACAGUAAUUCUUCUGAUACUGCUCUGAGGUGCUUAGGCCAUGUGGUCAUGGAAGAGGACAUGGAGCAGAAAUCGUGCAUUUUGCGCGAACCCUUGGCUCUCCAAGUUGCCGAUAAACCAUUCUAUGAUUUCCUCGGAGGUUGUAGCUCCAGUGAUUCCAAUCCACUUCAAAAUUUUUCUAGUGAUUGUAGUUCUAGCAACAGCAAUGGCACUAGCAACUCCCUUGAACCCAUUGAUAAUUUCACUAGCUGUUGUAGCCAUAGCAGCAGUAAUUGUACUAGCAACUCAGUUGAAGCUUGGUGGAUUAAUGGUCAGGGAGAAUAUCGGCCCUCUUUACUGCAAUCCAUGUCAGAGUCUGCCUCACAAGCGUGUUUCAGCUCUCUAAACAGCUCCAAUGCUAGCUCUAAUGGCUUGGUGGACUCUUCUGUAAGUACACUUCUUGCUCCAAAUCUAUGUUUUGAGAACAAGCCCAUAUUGCAGCUCACAAGAGAGGGAGGCAAAGCUAGUGAAUUCCUUAACCUACUCCUCCAUUCGUCCAAGAAGAAUGAGGCUGCUAAAUUCCUUCAUUUUGAAAAUCCUUUAGAUAUUGAUUUUGAGAACAAUAAAUUGCCUCCAAAAUCAAAGAGGGAUGCUCCAAUGGUGGCAUUCGAGGUGGAAAAGGAGGACAAGGAGUAUUCACCUAAUGGUUCAAGAGGAAGGAAGAAUCAUCACAGAGAGGACUUAGAAGAAGGGAGGAGCAACAAACAGUCUGCUAUUUGCGUAGAAGAGGAAGAGUUCUCAGAGAUGUUUGACCGGUUUUUGAUCUGUGCUCACAGGCAUAACCAUCCUCUUGGGUGCUCUAUUGAUCAUGAAUUUUCGAAGAACAAAGCUGGCAAGCUUUGCCAGCAGAACGGGCUUAAUACUGGGAAGAGUUGUGCAAAGAAACAGGGAAAUAAAAACCAAGCCGUGGAUUUGGGGACCCUCCUUAUUCAUUUUGCACGAGCUGUCACUGCAGAUGAUCGUAGAGCUGUGAAUGAACUGUUAAAGGAGAUUAGGCAGCACUCUUCUCCAUUUGGUGAUGGGUCUCAAAGGAUUGCCCAUUACUUUGCCAAUGGCCUUGAGGCUCGUUUAUCUGGGACUGGAACUAAAAUUCAUUCUGCCUUGGCUACUAAGAGGAUGUCGGCUGUUGAUAUGCUGAAGGCUGGCCUAUUUUAUAGCUCAGUUGCUCCAUUCCGGAAGAUUGCUAUUCUUUUUGCAAACCACCACAUUUUGAAUUUAGCUGAAAAAGCGACGACACUGCAUAUUAUAGAUUUUGGUAUCCAUUAUGGGUUCCAAUGGCCUGUUGUUAUUCAAUAUCUCUCAGACAGACUAGGUGGACCUCCAAAACUUCGCAUUACUGGUAUAGAGCUUCUCCAACCUGGUUUCCAGCCAGCAGAGAGGGUGGAGGCAACAGGGCGUCGUUUGGCAAGAUUUUGUGAGCGCUUUAAUGUUCCAUUUGAGUAUAAUGCAAUAGCACAGAAAUGGGAGACUAUCCAAGCUGAAGACCUCAAGAUUGAGAGAAAUGAGGUAAUUGCCGUGAAUUGCCUAUUUCGAUUUGAGAAUCUGCUUGAUGAAACAGUUGUUGAAAAAUGCCCACGGAAUGCUGUUCUAAACUUAAUCCGGAAAGUAAAUCCUGAUAUUUUCAUCCAUUCUAUUGUUAAUGGAUCCUACAACAGUCCCUUCUUUCUCACACGGUUUCGGGAGGCACUCUUCCACUACUCUGCAUUGUUUGAUAUGCUUGACACUACCCUAACAUGUGAAAAUCAGGAGAGACUGAUGUUUGAGAAAGAGUUUUAUGGGCGAGAGGCUAUGAAUGUCAUAGCUUGUGAGGGGUCGGAAAUGGUAGAGAGGCCUGAGACAUACAAGAAGUGGCAUGUCCGGAAUACAAGGGCUGGCUUCAGGCAGCUUCCAUUGAACAGGGAGCUCAUGAACAAUCUGAGGGCUGAUGUGAAAGCCAGCUACCACAAGGAUUUUGUGGUUGAUGAAGAUGGGCAUUGGAUGCUACAAGGAUGGAAAGGCCGCAUUCUUUAUGCUAGCUCUUGUUGGAUUCCUGCAUAGGAGUCUUGAAGGGAUGUUUUGUUUUCAUAGGUCAGAACUGGUGAACCAUGAAAUUCUUCAGAAAUUGAACUUACUGCCUUCUGUUUCAUUGCUAUAUGGUAAGCAAGAUUGAGAACACAAGCAAAAGUGCUCUCUUAAACCCAACCCCCCACCCCCCCCCCCUUUUUUUUCCAUACACACAUGCAAGCACAUUUUUGUAUCUGUGCAUAUUCUGCUGUUAAUAGUUUAUCUUCUUUGAAUAUAAGCUCUGCAUAUUCUGCUGUUAA